UGAAAAAAUGGCACCAAUGAAUUUAUCACUGGGGAAGAUUAUGAUAGGGAUGAUUGCGGUGAUGCUGGGUGUUUCAAUAUUCCAUCUGUGUUUGCACUUGCAUCAGUAUGUUGCCGUGUCGCAUCAGGAGAUUAACUAUGUACGCUUUACGGAUAAGCCAGUUGCAGUGUAUGAGGCCAAGUCAUCACUUGUGUAUAAGGAGGAUCAGCAGCUUCGUGAGGUGGCAGUGGAUUGGGGUCGUAUUAGUCAUAGCAACCUUCCUGAAGUGUUAGUGUACGUAAGCCAGCGCUUAGGACACCUGGCGCCAUACCUAGAGGAUCACGUAGCCGUGUUCAAACGCUUACGAGAGAAAGUGGAGGCUGCAGUGUUGACAUUCAGAGGGCUGAGAGGGAGCGGCGAUGGGCGCACAUUGUGGACGCUGCAAAUGGCAGACAACCUUCGGCUUGCCGAGGGGGUGCAGAACAGUCUAGAAAUAAUGAGGGCCAAGCUGCAGAGAAUGUUGGAGGAUUGCAUGGCUAUCAAGGAGAUCUUGGGAUCAAAUAGUGAACAUGGUAAGGGGGUGCUGAAGAACCGCUCACCUCCCGCUGACACUGGGGAUCGCGCCUCCCAAUCCGGCGGAUCGUCAUCGUCAGGCCAGUUGGUGGCAGGGAUGCAGUCCGACGUGCAGUGUCCAGUGCUACAUGCUGUUGAGCCAAACCAGUCUUUGGAUGGCAUCAUGGGUAGCUCCGAAGAUGCCGAUGACAAUGCGCUCAUACAGGCGUUGAUCACAUCCUGGCAGCACAUGUAUCUCUCCCCCAAUAUCUCUUCUGUUCCUAAUGGGCUGGUUAUUGAGGGUCGCAAAGAACAAGACACUACUACUCAUGCCGCUGGUGAUGGCAGUUCGCUGCAAAUAGGUAGGAGUUUGUCCACAGCUAUCGAGUUGGAUGUACAGCAGAAGCGGAGACUAGAGGAGUUGCUGCUGGUCAUCCCCCCCCAUCUGGCGGAUUGCAAAAAGGAUUCAGUUCGCAACUCGGCACUCGAGCGACGGGGUGCUGGUGGCACUCUUCCUUGCUGGGCACUAGAUAAUCCAAGUGCGCAGUCGUCCACAGUUGGAGGAGAAGCAGGCGCAGAGUAUUGCCUUCCAACUGAGCGACUGGAACAGGGAGCAUCCCCUCCAUGGAUCAAGGGUGCCGAUUCUGACAAUCUUCCUCUGACACGUGUUGUGCAGCGGGAUCUGUGGGAUCUGCAGCACCCUGCAGACUGCGAAGCUCCUGGCCUCCGGUUUGCUGUUGCUGAGUGGUGGGACCUGGAUGGGCAUGGCAUUGGCUCUCAGCUGCAUGGAAUCACUACCCCUUUUGCGGUAGCGGUGCAAAGCGGUCGGAUCUUUGUCCCUGCAGACAAUUACAUCCGCGCGGAUCAAGACAAUUGUUUGGGAGAAUCGAGGCGACGUCUCGAAUGCUAUUUCGCACCGACCACUUCGCAAGCUUGUUUUGCCCGCGCCAUGAAGUUGCUGCAGACCGCAAGGACAGAGGGUGCGCCUUACACUUCAAACAGAAAAAAAAAGAUAUUGCGUAUGAUGAAUGACAAGAACGUGCCUGUGGUGCUCAUAGCCAAAUCCACACUCUCACUUUUCAAGGGGUUUGUACCCACAAGGUGGGCAAAUCCGUGGAAUCGGAUGCGCCCAACAAUUGUAAUGGAGGGAAAAUUGGUUGACGAGGGACGAAUGGCGCGUAUAACAUGGUGGCGAGCGCAAGCAAUGCGCUACCUGCUGCGCUGGCCAAGUGACCAUCUCUGCUACGUAACCAAUCGAGAGAGAAACGCGGUUUUCGGAGAGAUCGUUGCUCGCGAAAUGGUUGCGUCAUUGCGAAGAAUGAACAACAAGUCGCUGUAUGCAGUGACAUCUCGACCAAGGGGAGUUGGAAAGGAAGAUUGGAUGAAGCUGGAGGACGAACGGUUGAGACAUCAGGAGGCGGAAACAGCUUCCUGUAUCGUUGGAAAUAAUUCUCAAUCCGGACUUGAACUCUUCCUUCCAAGACCUAUCAUCAGUUUGCACGUUCGGUUGGGCAGGGACAAACGAACGGAGAUGGACCUCUUUCGACUGCCAGCAUACAUGCGCAUUGCGGAAGCAAUAAGACGGCAGAUGGACCCCGGUUUACGGCAUGUGUGGCUUAGCACAGACGUCAUCUCGGUUGUCAAUCAGUCAUCGGACUUUGCAGGGUGGCGGUUCUUCUAUACUGAGCAGCAACGGAUCGCGGAGAACCAAAAGGACUGGGCCUUGGAGAUGAAAGGAGGAAGCUCAUAUCAUGUGCCAGGUGCGGUCCCUUGUUUCGACCUCGUCGAGAAGUCGUUUGCCAACCUGUUGAUAUCUCAAGAAGCAGACUAUUUCGUCGGAGCGUUGGGAUCCAAUUGGUGCCGCCUGAUUGACGAAAUGCGGCGAACCAAUGGCCGACUGCAUAAGAAGUAUGUGACGAUGACUUAUAACCCAUGGUAAAUUUUGUUCCCCCCCCCUCCCCCCCCCAAAAAAAAGAACAUGGUUCAUUUUGUUGAUGGAAUUCGACUCACCGUUCUGAGAGAUGAGGUAGAUGUCAAAGAUCGGCCGUGCUGGCCUUGGCCUCUUUUGCAGGCUCUCCAUUAUUGUGACAAGAAGACGCCGCAGUGAUCAUUCUCACCGUGCUGCUUUCAUGUAUAUGGAAACGGCGAAACACUCUCUUGGGCAGUGCGUUUUGGGGGCUACGGCUGGGGUGUGCAGAAUCCUUCGCU